UUUUCACAAAGAUGAUUCCACAUCUACUGAUUUUACCUGUUCUGUUGUUAUCGUCGGGAUGCAUGGGCUCGUUAACACCGGUGAUUCGCACUAAAUCGGGUCCUGUUCAGGGCGAAAUACUGAAUACUGCUUGGAACGCCGUACGGUACUCGUCUUUCAAGGGCAUUCCCUAUGGGCAGCCGCCAGUUGGACGUCUUAGAUAUCGGCCCCCCGAGCCAGCAGAGCCAUGGCGUGAAACACUGAUUGCUAACAAAGAGGAAAACAGGUGUCCCCAGAUAGAUGCGGCUACCAAUGUAUUCACGGGAGACGAAGAUUGCUUAUACUUGAACGUGUACACCCCUAUGACUACAUUCAGGAAGGGCAUGCAUAAACACGCGGUUAUGUUGUGGAUACACGGUGGUUCCAACACCUUCGGGUCAAAAAACGCCUCUGAAUACGGACCAGAUUUGCUCAUUGAGCAGGGUAUCGUUCUAGUCAGCAUCAAUUAUCGCCUCGGGGCUCUUGGAUUCCUAUCACUGGGUCGGGAGGAAGCGGCGGGUAACGCUGGGUUAAAGGAUCAAACUCUAGCUCUGAGAUGGGUGCAGGAGAAUAUCGCUACGUUUGGAGGGGAUCCUCGUAGGGUGACGAUUUUCGGACAGAGCUCCGGUUCCGCAGACGUCAAUUUCCACGUAUUGUCGCCGAAAUCUAACGGUUUGUUCGCGCGAGCUAUAUUCAUGAGCGGUACAGCAUUGGCACCAUGGGCAUACUACACGCCCGAUCAAUCGAUGGAAAAGGCGAAACAGCUGGCUUCCCACCUUGGUUUCAAUGCCACUAAUACGAACGAGCUACUGCACUGA